AUGACAGACGACACUAUCUACGACAUGACCGUGGAAGAUUGCCAAGGGAAUCAAGUUCCCUUGUCCAAGUAUCGAAACAAGGUUCUACUAAUAGUCAAUGUUGCUAGUUUAUGUGGAUUUACACCCCAAUACAUUGAAUUACAAAAAUUAUACCAGAAAUACCUUGAUAAAGGAUUAAUAAUAUUGGCCUUCCCCUGCAAUCAAUUUGCAAACCAAGAACCACUUAAUGAUGAAGAGACUUCGAGGUUCAUCAGAAAAAAGUUCAAUGUUACCUUCCCAAUAAUGAAAAAAGUUAAUGUCAAUGGAAAAGAAGCUUCUAAAUUAUAUACAUUUAUGAAGAAAAAAUGUAAAACACCAAUUGGUUUUGAAGGAGUACGGUGGAAUUUUGAAAAAUUUCUUAUAAAUAGAAAAGGUUUCGUUGUUAAUAGAUACAUGAGCGAAACUACACCAUUAAGUUUUGAAAAUCAUAUUAUAAAUUUAUUAAAUCAAGACUAA